ACGCGUCUUCUACUAAACCGGUCCGGGCACGCCAGUCGCCUCAAGGCUUUCAGAUUAGCCUGGCAGUGCUUCAGAAGUUUGGGUGGUUUUGGAAGACAAGAGCUGCUUCUUCCCCGUCUGGUUAGCUUCAGCCUCCUACCGAGAGGCCAUGCCGAGACCCCGGAAGAGGCAGACUGGGACUGCUGGUCCAGACAGGAAGCUAUCCGGGAAACGUACUAAAACUGAAAACUCAGAAAGUACAUCAGUCAAGCUAGAGAACUCCAGCCUUGAGAAGACGACAACCUUUGAAAAUGGUGGCAAGAAUUUAAGCAACUACUGGCUGAUGAAGUCAGAGCCAGAAAGCCGGCUAGAGAAUGGUAUAGACAUGAAGUUCAGCAUCGAGGAUCUCAAAGCACAGCCCAAGCAGACAACUUGCUGGGAUGGUGUUCGCAACUAUCAGGCUCGGAACUUCCUCAGGGCCAUGAAAUUGGAGGAUGAAGCCUUCUUCUACCAUAGCAACUGCAAACAGCCAGGCAUCGUUGGACUUAUGAAGAUUGUAAAGGAGGCUUACCCAGACCAUACACAGUUUGAGAAAAGUAAUCCCCAUUAUGACCCAUCCAGCAAAGAGGACAACCCUAAAUGGUCGAUGGUGGAUGUACAGUUUGUUCGAAUGAUGAAGCGUUUCAUCCCUCUGGAUGAGCUUAAAACCUAUCACCAAGCCCACAAAGCUACUGGCGGCCCCUUAAAAAGCAUGACUCUCUUCACCCGCCAGAGACUUUCAGUUCAGCCUCUAACUCAAGAAGAGUUUGAUUUUAUUUUGAGCCUGGAGGAAACAGAACCAAGUUAAUCAGAAGGCUCUACUGAUGGAGUGAACAAGCCAAGAUUUUAUAAGACAGAAGGAGAAAGCUGUAUCCACCUGGGAUCAUGUGCAUGGGUGGUUUGUUAAUUUUCCUAAUAAAAGAUUUAAUGACAA